AAUGGCCUGUGUGCUGUCUCAAGCAGAAUGAGAACUCGCGUUACGUUGAGGAAGUCAACAGUUUAAUAUUUCCUGUUCAUUGAUAUUGUUUUCUAAAUGAAAAGUAAAAUUCACUUAAAGGGGAUUAACACGGGCUUUCAGAGGUUGGUGAAUUUUAUAAUCGACAUUAGAAUUAUAGUUGUUUGAAAGAAUCGAUGAUCUCUCUGUACUUGUCUAGUCCUAGACUCAAGCCCUGCCUAGUCUACUAAUCCUGUUUUACUUUUAUUAUGUCUGAGGCAUCAGCACUCAACCAAGACUGAAUCAGUGACUGAGACAUUUUUGGCAUGUAGGCAGACCCACACAUAACACGGACAAUUAGGUGGGGGGGGGGGGGUAAAGACUAAGUCAACUGGUGACUAACUAACACGAGUAUAGUAUGAGUAUGAUGAUUAUUGGAAAGAUUGAAUAAUCACUAUCAGGACUAUAAAUUAAUCAUGAUAAUAAUAAUAUUGAUAACAUUCAAUUCAACAUGAUUCUCCCGAUUGAUUGAAUAACAACAGUCUGAAAGGCCUGAAAUAUAUAAUAUAUUGUAGUAUUUGUAGUCUAAUAAUAAUACUAUUACUAGUAGUAAUAGCAAACAUCUGUGAACUGGGGUAUUUAUAAAAUUAUAAAAAAAAAUUCUCUUAACUUAUAUUCUUAGUCUUGAAGGAAUGUCCUGUAAAAAAAAAAUAAGUGAAUUAAUCAUGGUUCAGUCAGACUAAAGAAGCAUAUUGCACCUCAAUUUGGGAUUGGCUUUGCUGGCACUCUAUCUAUUGGAAUAUUGAGCUUACUCAUUGUUUCCUUUAAAUCUGAACAUUCAUUUUAAUUGUAACACAUCUACUCUGACAUGGCGUGGGAGCUUAUUUCUUAUGCUGUGGGUUAUGUCAGUAGUAUGGUUACUUAUGUUAUGUUGAUAUUUCAGGAUGCCGACUAAGGCUUCUUCUUUCUUCCACUUAUAAUCCGGGCACGCAAAUAAGAAUACUGAAUCCUGGUUAAACUUACAGUACUUUAUUGAACACACUUUAUAUUGAUAAUAUUAAUAAAUAAUCCUUGCAUGAAUGUAAUUUCAUAUAUAUAUCUAUAGUAUUCCAUCAUUAAGAAAGACACGUCCUCACACUAAACUGUCAACUGUCUAAUCACACAGCUCUCACGCUACUGACUCUACUGCUCUGCACUCAGCUCUCUACUAUAUCAGUCAACUCAUACUUCAUUACCAGCAAAGCGUGGAAAACAACCGCUCUGACAAAAACAUAAUUUUACUCUCCAAAAACGUGGAGUUCACAUUUGCAUCUCAAAAUACAUGGUCAACACAAUUCACUGUUCACUCAUGCUACCUCUCUGUUUUCAUGUGAAAACAUAGUCCGUUACAUGCCCCACCCAUCUGAAAAAAUUUUGUGCAACAAAAUUUUUGGCAAAAAAUUAUAUGCUGAGAUAAUGAUAAUGUCUCUUAGAAAAUUUCAAUCCCACAUCUAUCAAUCAAAUAAAUGUAACAACAUUAACAUUUCAUCAUUAUGAAAUACAGAGCCUUUUACUGUUAAUAUCACACAUAAUAGUGAAUAAUUUACCCUGGCAAAAAAUUAAAAAAAUCACCAAUGACAAUCUCUUAAAAUCUUUAUGUAUGAUAAUGUGAAGUGACAUUAACAUCUUAAUGAAUAAUAAACACUGCAAAAUGAAUGUAACAACCUUAAAUUUUGCAUUAACAAAUUUACAAUUGGUUGAAAUCUGAUAUUCAUUUACAAAAUUGAUAUGUACAAGUGUCUUAUCAAAAAAAUGGUUGAAUGUGUAUUUUAAUGAUCUUCAUGCUCAAUUUAACCUUAAUGUUAUUGUCAUUGUCUAAUCUUAAGAAAAAGUUGAUGACCAAGAAUGUAAACAAUUUAUACAAUAGUUCUGUAUUGACAAUUACCAUAUUUGAAAAAAAUUUUGUUCUUAACAGCUAAUAAUUGAUUUAUUAGAGAGUUUUAUGCUAGGUUAGCUAACAUGGAAUGUUAAGUAUUUCUCCGCACUGAAGAAAAUGACAAUUGUGAUCUGUUAUCUCUUUGUCUAUCUCUUUCCAUAAAAUUGUUAUUUGUAGUUGUGUAAUGUUCUUCUUGAAACUUGUUUUCUCUGUCUUUGAUUUCAUUUUUGAAUUUUCCAGCCUGUCUAUAGUGUUGAUGAAUAUUUCUUGAAUUGAGUCUAAAAAUGUGUUUUGCCCUGUCUGAUUUUUGUUCUGUAUAUGUUUUAUUAAGAAUUCCUUUGUUAUGUUGUCUUGAUAUGCUAUGUAUUGUAUUCAUGCUAAAAUGUCUUCCUCUUAUCCCUUCUGUUAUUAGAUAAUUAGUGUUAUUGCCUAGUUCUUUUAUAUUGCCAAUAAUUAAUGGACACACUGGAUUAUCCAUUACGACAGCUGUUACAGAUCCUGUGAUCCAUGGACAAUCAACUUUGAUUCUAGCUUUCCUGCAUUCUAUUCUAUUAUUGUUGGUUAAGAUAACUAUGGUUUUUUCAUUUGUGUAGUAGUUGUCAUUUACUAAUUUUCUGUCUACAAUUAUUGUUGUACAACCAGUGUCUCUGAGACAUUUAACUACUUUAUUGUUUAAAAUUGCUGGUGAAAAUUUGAGUGUUCCAUCAGUGUGAUAAAUACUAGCUGAUGUUUCAUGAGGUGUAUUCUGAUUGUGUGCACUAUUUGUUUGAUUGGUGUUGUGUCUCUGGUAAUUACUUGGUUGAUUUCUAUAUUGUUGUCUACUCCUAUUUGUACUGUUGUAUUUAAUUGGACUACUGUUGGGUGAUGUUCUCUGAUAGUAUUGUUGUGAAUGUCCUAAAUCUCUAUGUAAUUUCCUACACUCAUAUUUUUUGUGACCUUGAAUACCACAGUAGAAACAUUUGUUGUUGUUUGAAUAAUUAGUAUAUGGUGUCUGGUAAUUAUUUUGAUAAUUUUUCUGAAAUUUAUUGUUUUGCCAUCUGGCAGGUAGGCUAUGGUAUCUUCUGUUUUGAUAUGUGUUUUGUUUUUGACUGUCCCUAUCACUGGGUGUGUUUCUAAUAGAAGCUAGUGUGCUGUUUCUAUUAUCUAGCUCUUCAUUGGGGUGAGCAUCUUUAAAUGUUGUGAUUGAGUCAACUAACUCACGCUCAUUUUUAAUCUUUCUCUCUUUAAGGAAUGAAAAUAAAGUGACUGAUGCAUUUCUUAGUAUUUUGUCUAUGAUAAACAUAUCUAGUAAUGCCUUUGGAUCAUUUAGGUCAAUUUCAGUUAAUUCAAGCCAUUUGACAAGAUUGUCUCUAAUAUUGAAUAUGGUGGUGUUAGGGUCUAUUUCUCUCUCUAGUCUUAUGUUGUGAAAAUUUUUUCUAUAAAUGUCUUCUGUGUUUCCAUAGAACUUUAACAAAACUUUCUUUAUAUAGUUAUAAUUAUUCUUUUGUUCUUCACUGAGUGAAUUAAUAAUACUUAGGCUUUUCCCUGAUAAUCUGCUCAAUAAAAUAUUAGCCCAAGUCUCUUCUCUAUAAUUGUAAGACUGACAGAUGCUCUCAAAUUGUGACAGAUAACUAAUAAUUUCCUCUUUAUGUUCAUUAAAUUCUCUAAAUUUAGGUUUGUAUGUACUAUUGGUUUCUCUAUUGCUUGUUGUUGGUGUAUGCUGUCCUGAUUCUAUUCUAGCUCUUUCUAGUUUUAGCUCUUCUAUUUCCUUUUGUCCUUUUAAAUUUAGUUCAUCUAUCUCUUUUUGUCCUUUUAAUUUCAUUUCCUGUUCUUUUAAUUUCAUUUCUUCUAUUUGUUUAAGGUCGCUUCUCUCUAACAGUCUAGCUUCUCGUUCUUUGUCUUUGUCUUGUUUUUCCCUAAGUUUGUCCAUUUCUCGAGUUACAAAGUCGGCUAAUUUCUCCUGCUUCAAGCCAAGCUUCUCACCUACUUCUAAUAUUUCCAAGUACUCUGCCAUUUUUUUAUGUGUAAUGUGAGUAACUAAAAUUAUAUUGUUAUGUAUCAGUAUAUCAGUUAUCUCCUUAUUCUUUGGUUAUCAAUUAAAAUAGUUUACGAUCUUUCAUAUAUCUACAUGUUAAUGAAUGUAUACACAAAUGCAAGUUGAAACAUGAAUUAUAAGUUAUAAAUAAGUGUAAGAAAAAUUUAAAAUAAUUAAAUUGUCUACUUCACAACAUAAAUACAGAUAUGUAGACGUUUACAUGAAUACGAAUGAGACAACAAAUACAAAAGUACUGUUUAGUUUAUGGACAACAAGAUAGUAGAAAAUAUGACAGUAGGUUGACAAUAUGUAUAACAAUGACAAGACAAAUAGCACAAAUAUGACAAGAUCUACUAAAAACAACAGUUAUGACAAUGUACAAACUAGACUUCACAGCUAACACAAAAUUAUCCUACAGUGUUAUAAAUAGGGCCAGAAGAAACCUUUACCGUUUUAAUAAAAAAACUUCCCUAGGAAAGAUAACACCGUGGAUGUCCCUACAGUAUACUCUAAAAUUAAACUUAUAUUAUACAGAAAAAGAAAAAAUUUACUUAAUCUAAUUAAGUAUGAUAUAAGUAGAUUUUUAAAGUCUUAAAUUAUAUACAAUACAUAACACAUAAUAAUUAUAUACAUAAAUACCAAGUGAAAGUGUCCAAAAGAAAUCUGUAGUUGGUCACCUCUGCUCCUCUGUGACGCUAUGAUCUCUGUGUAGUCGAUAAUCCUUCUAUGUAGAAAGUGUACUUGGGUAAAUACUCCAAUGCAAAAGUUAUAUAAUCCAAUGAAAAAGUUACAACACAAACUGCUUCAGUAAUCCAAUGCAAGUACCUUGCGUAAUAGAAGUAAUAGUGUAAUAAUCCAAUUGAAAAUAGUGUACUUUCUCUCCGAUUCAGUUGAACUUGUGAGUAAUUAAAGAAUUACUUUACUUGAAAUGCGCACUAGGCUUUGUGCGGCUUGUAUAAAGUGAAGAUUAUGCUGGGGAAAUCUUACUUUCGAUGUCUUGAUACACACAUCUCAUCUGUAAUAACGUCAGACUUCUACUUCUGUUGGUCUUGUAAUAUGUAGGCUUACAGUAAAUCUUUGCUACAGUUGUAAAUAACUUGAAAAUUUUCCUUAUGCUGCUAGUUGCCGUGUACCAGUUGGCUUUGAACUCUGAACUCUUGAGACUGUGACUGACCUCAAUUGUCGGCUAGCUCUGUGUGUAGUGAACUCGUCUCGGACUUGAUUGAUACACGGUCGUAAUGGCGUUCGCUGUAUUCUUCCGCUCGAAUUUUAAAAUAUAUCGUUGUUACUCAAUGUUCUGUAACACAUUUCUGACACUUCUUUACAAUAUUUGUAACGCAUCGUCGUUACACCGCUUCUGACACCAUUUGUAACACACCUACUCUGACAUGGCGUGGGAGCUUAUUUCUUAUGCUGUGGGUUAUGUCAGUAGUAUGGUUACUUAUGUUAUGUUGAUAUUUCAGGAUGCCGACUAAGGCUUCUUCUUUCUUCCACUUAUAAUCCGGGCACGCAAAUAAGAAUACUGAAUCCUGGUUAAACUUACAGUACUUUAUUGAACACACUUUAUAUUGAUAAUAUUAAUAAAUAAUCCUUGCAUGAAUGUAAUUUCAUAUAUAUAUCUAUAGUAUUCCAUCAUUAAGAAAGACACGUCCUCACACUAAACUGUCAACUGUCUAAUCACACAGCUCUCACGCUACUGACUCUACUGCUCUGCACUCAGCUCUCUACUAUAUCAGUCAACUCAUACUUCAUUACCAGCAAAGCGUGGAAAACAACCGCUCUGACAAAAACAUAAUUUUACUCUCCAAAAACGUGGAGUUCACAUUUGCAUCUCAAAAUACAUGGUCAACACAAUUCACUGUUCACUCAUGCUACCUCUCUGUUUUCAUGUGAAAACAUAGUCCGUUACAUUAAUAUUUUUAAUCACUGACACUGAGUUCACUGACAGCAUGCACCAAUGGAAAAAAUCAUUUACUUUGUUACACUUUGUAAUUAUUUAUUGACUAUUGCCAUACUUUCUGUAAUAAUUUGAGAGAGUCAGCUUUAGACUACCCUAGAUUUCUAGAUUCUACUAGAAUCUAGAAAUAGAAGGCUAUAUAGUAUAUUAUUAAACAGUUGUACAAUGAUAAUGAUAGAUUUGGGACAUAACCUUGUUUAGCUUCUUAGCGUAAGUUUAAAGUUUACCUUAGGCUCAAGUUCAUUGUCAAUAUCAUUAAGUUUUAAUACCUGGACCAGUCUGGAUGUAGAUUAGGGCCCACAUCUGAUUUAAAUUUAGAAUUAUUUAAAAUUAUAAGAAUAUUGAUAUUGCUUACAUUUCAGUCAAUAGGCUCAAUAGCUUCAAUUAACUGUAACAUUUUUAAAUUUCUAGUCAAGUAUUUUUAACUCUUAUAUAAAUUUAACAUUAUUGUAUUAAUAAUAAAUGACCUGCUUUACAUCCAAUAUUUGUUAGACUUAGACACAAAGACUUAGACACAAUAGGCACGUUGAUAAAUAAAAUAUGUGCUUUUAUCAUAUAAUUAAGUUCUUUGUCAAGAAGGCCUAUUUGAAUAAUUUUAAUGAGAAAAACUGUAAGAAGUCUGUGAGAUGAUUUAAAAAAUUGUUUAUGUUAUCAGGUGACCUAGCCAGAAGUGUUCACCAUGAAUGCUGAGGUGGACCACAUGGAUGUUGUGAAGGAGGGCUAUUUGUGGAAAAGAGGUAAAAAUGUUUUCAUUUAAUUAAGAUUUAACCACCAAAUUUGGCAUGAAAGGUGUUUAAUAUAUUUAAUUAUCCAAAAUGCACUUAGUAUUUUUGGUAUUGUAUCUCUCAUUAAAAAACUAAAUUUAUGUAGAAGAGACAAGCUCAAUCUUCCUAGGCUAAAGAUUACUUAUAUAACAUAUAAUAAUAUAUAUAAGAAUGAGCUAUGCUGACAUAAUGCUAAAGAACAGAAAAUAUUUAGAUACGUUCUUAUUCUUAAAAACAGUCAUAGUUACAGAGGCGCCAAACACCCUCGCUACGUCUCUGCAUAGUUAUUUUCUAUUAUUUUACGGAAGUCCAAUAAAUAUAAAUGCGCAUAAAAUAACAUAAAUUCGCUUUUAUUUUAGUAAAAGUUUACGUAUUAUUAUUAUAAAUUACAAAUACAUUUAAAGUACCCGGUAACAACUAUAGCAUUUUAUCUGAAUUGAAAAGUUAUGGACACCAAAUUUAAUCGAAAAAUUAUGAUCUAAGAAUUACAUAGUAAUAACAUUUAUCGGGAAAAUUAAAACAUCAGUUGUUUUUAGUGCGUUUCUUAGUGCAUUGUUAAUAUUGGGAAAUAAAAUUAAAAUUAAUUUGUUCUAAAUAAACACACAAAUGACUCAUAGGAGGAAUGUCUAUGCUAGCCAAAACUCUUAAAUUUCUUUGAUUUAAUAACCACACGUUACAAAACUGACAAUGUAUUUCUCCCUUCUUAAAAGUAAAAAUAAUAAAUAUAAUUGAUUGCUUUUUAAAUUGUUAAUAAAACACAAAAAUUUUAGCUUUGUAUUUUUAACAUUUAAUAAGUUUUCCUUUUUUUUUUUAAUUCCAAAAAUAUACCUUUAUUAAAUUUAUAAUGUAAUAAAAAUUUAACCUUUAAAUAUACUUCUAAUAAGAAAAUGCUGUUAAAGUCAAUCAGUGCAGCGAAACUCCAUAGUCUUGGCAUUCACUAAUCUACUUAUAACUCAUCCAAAUAAGAACAAACCAUAUGAAAUGAAAAUUGUUAGUUUUGGUAUGGAAGGGAAUACAUUCCGGUGGAAGAUUUUAUUAAUUUUAUUUAAAUCUGGAAGGGGGGGGGUGGGUGUGGGGUGGGGUUGGUCAUUUCCCCCAGGCAGCACAAGAUACGUCUCAAAAUAUUUGUACAUUUUUUAAAGUAUACCCUUAAAUUUCACAACCUAAUCACACUGGAAAAUUUAAUUUUGAAAAAUUGAGAUGGGUUAAUAUUUUCUUUAAAAAAAAAAUGAAAAUAUAUUUUUGUUUUUGCUUUGCGAAAAGUAAAAUGGGUGUGCUUAUUUUUAUAUUGACAAUUUAAAAAAAAAGACGACAAGAAAAACGGUAGCGUGAUUGUUAUUUAGAUAAAAGAAUUCUUUGUUUCACGAAUUUCUGAUAAAGCAUGAUUUAAAAAAACAAGGCAAAAUUGUGUUUAAAUUUUUGAUGAUUAUAGAAAUAUAUCAAAUUCCUUUAAUAUAAAUAUUUUUAUAUCAUACAUAGAGUUUUUGUUGUAAAUUUAAGAAUAUGUUUUUAAAAAAUUUUUAGAGUAAAAAAGUUGAAAUUCAAGGGCACGAAAAGGGGAAAAUCUAGCGUUAUAUGAACUCAUGUGUUUCAAAAGCAGACUUAACAGCAUAAACUAGGUACAGUGUAAAUUUCUGUAAAUGUUCUCGUCCUCCCCCCCUCCCGUCUAUAUUUUUCUCAACUCUUGUAAUCCAGGAGAACAUAUCAAAAAUUGGAGAAAGCGAUACUUUAUCCUGAGAAAAGAUGGCUCUUUUGAAGGAUUCCGCUCUAAACCAGAGGUCAAUGACUUGCAAGAUCCACUCAAUAAGUUUUCUGUUAAAGGUAAUAAACAGUAUUUAAUCUAUCUGUAAGCAAAAGAUUUAUUGAUGGAGUGUUUCAGUUUUUGUUUUGUAGCAUCCAUUUAUCAAGGGUCUGGAAGACCGACCUCAUUCACAUUUUAUUACGUCACAAACCCAAAAAAACUUACCUUUCCUUUAUUUUCAUUCUCCCAAUCAUCACUUAUUAUCCAGGAAUCAUAUAAACUUGUUAUCCAAGAAUCAUAUAAAUUCCACCAAAAUUCAAUGUAAUCAUUUUCAUAUCAAUGUGAAACUUGUUCUCCAAGAAUUGUAUAAAUUCCACAAAAAUUCAAGGUAAUCAUUUUCAUGUCCAAUUUAUCUCCAGACUGCAUGUUAAUGAAGGUGGACAGACCCAGGCCUCACACAUUCAUAAUCAGGUGCUGGCAAUGGGCAACAGAGGUGGAGAGGAUGUUCUGUGUCGAGUCUGUUGGGGAAAGGUAUGCUUAUUUUACAUAGAAUUGAAUUAAUUUUUUUGGGGAUAAAAUUGAAAGUGGAGAAAUACAAAUAGUAUGGUAGCUAUAAUUAUUAAAGUGAUUUUUUUAAUUUUAAAAAUUAACUUCAAUUUUUAAUUCUAUGCUUGUGUUGGAUGUAAAUAUAUGCAGUUUUUUCUCAUAGGUUAUUUAGCAUCUCAAUUUAGAAGACUUCUAUUUAAGCAUUUGGAUUUACCAAUAAAUCUUUUUUACUGGCAUUUGUAAAUUUUAUUUUGAUUUGUGUAGACUGGAUGUUGUUGUUGUUGUUCGUCCGUCGAAGUCGACAAGGACCAUCGAAUCAUCCGGUUAGGGGCGGGCGGGGGGAGUUGGGAUUACAGUGAGCUCUUAGGUGGCUUGUUAGACCGAUCCUUGCUCGGAAAAAUCUAUGACACCGUGAGCAUGGAAUAGUUGCUUCAGGCGAUGACCUAAUGUUGCUCUUUCGGACAAGCCUGCGUGUCUCAGCUGUGGUUAUUCUCUUAGCUUCAUGGGAUUUAGCCCCCUUCUUGACAGCAGCUCUCCAUCUGGCUCUGUCCUGGGCUGUCUGCACGAGGACCUCGGUGUCGGGGACUUUGUCUUGCCACCUGAUGUCGAGGAGUUUCCUGAGGCAGGUAGUGUGAAAAUGAUUCAGUUUCUUGGCGUGACGCUGGUAGACAGUCCACGUUUCACAUCCAUAGAGCAGUGUCGGUAGGACUGCUGCGCUAUAGACCUUGAGCUUUGUUUCUCGACUGAUACCUCUCCUGUCCCAAACAGUGCUGCGGAGCCUGCCAAAUAGGGCACUAGCUUUUGCGAGUCUGCCAUUCAUUUCAUCAUCCAUGAUGACAGAUCUAGAGAGGGUGCUGCCCAAGUAAGUAAAUUUAUCCACCGGGUUGAGACGCUGUCCACUGAUGAUGAUGUUGGGUUCAACGUAGGGCUUACUGGGAGCUGGCUGAUACAUCACCUCAGUCUUCCUUGUGUUGAUUGUGAGGCCAAAGUUAUUGCACGCCUCUGAGAAGAUAUCAACGCUGUGUUGCAUGACGGCUUCUGAUGGAGCAUUAAGGGCACAAUCGUCUGCAAACAGAAGCUCGUUGAUAGGGGUAUGUUUGACCUUGGUUUUAGCUUGAAGCCUCCUAAGGUUAAAUACUGAUCCAUCAGUACGAAACCGGAUAGGCAAGCCCAUGGUGGAGUCCUUGAACGCAUCAGACAGCAUUGCGGAAUACAUAAUACUGAAGAGUGUGGGAGCAAGAACACAACCCUGUUUUACACCGUUUGUGACGGGGAAUGCUGGAGAUGAUUGACCGUUGUCCUGUACUCGGGCCAUCAUACCAUCAUGCAGCUGACGGAUGAUGUUUGUGAACUUGUCUGGGCAUCCGUAUUUCUUCAUGAUUUUCCACAACGAGGACCUCGGUGUCGGGGACUUUGUCUUGCCACCUGAUGUCGAGGAGUUUCCUGAGGCAGGUAGUGUGAAAAUGAUUCAGUUUCUUGGCGUGACGCUGGUAGACAGUCCACGUUUCACAUCCAUAAAGCAGUGUCGGGAGGACUUCUGCGCUAUAGACCUUGAGCUUUGUUUCACGACUGAUACCUCUCCUGUCCCAAACAGUGCUGCGGAGCCUGCCAAAUUCAUUUCAUCAUCCAUGACGACAGAUCUAGAGAGAGUGCUGCCCAAGUAAGUAAAUUUAUCCACCGGGUUGAGACGCUGUCCACUGAUGAUGAUGUUGGGUUCAACGUAGGGCUUACUGGGAGCUGGCUGAUACAUCACCUCAGUCUUCCUUGUGUUGAUUGUGAGGCCAAAGUUAUUGCACGCCUCUGAGAAGAUAUCAACGCUGUGUUGCAUGACGGCUUCUGAUGGAGCAUUAAGGGCACAAUCGUCUGCAAACAGAAGCUCGUUGAUAGGGGUAUGUUUGACCUUGGUUUUAGCUUGAAGCCUCCUAAGGUUAAAUACUGAUCCAUCAGUACGAAACCGGAUAGGCAAGCCCAUGGUGGAGUCCUUGAACGCAUCAGACAGCAUUGCGGAAUACAUAAUACUGAAGAGUGUGGGAGCAAGAACACAACCCUGUUUUACACCGUUUGUGACGGGGAAUGCUGGAGAUGAUUGACCGUUGUCCUGUACUCGGGCCAUCAUACCAUCAUGCAGCUGACGGAUGAUGUUUGUGAACUUGUCUGGGCAUCCGUAUUUCUUCAUGAUUUUCCACAAGCCAGCUCUAUUGACCCUGUCAAAGGCCUUAUUCAAGUCGAUAAAUGUAGUAUAUAGGUCUGUAUUUUGUUCCUGGCAUUUCUCUUGAAGCUGUCUAGCAGCAAACACCAUAUCGAUGGUUCCGCGUUUUUUCCGGAAACCGCAUUGACUUUCGGGUAGGAGACCUAGCUCCAGAUGUAGAUAAGUGCUCUCUCUCCAAAAUGUUUGGGUCCAACUUUAUGAAGCAAGAGUGUGCACCCAAAUAAACUAUAAAUAAAUGAACUGUUUAAAACAUUAGCGUUUUUUUAAAACAUGAACUGGACAUUAACUAAAGUAGACAUUAUGGGAUUAAAAACAUGAACUGGACAUUAACUAAAGUAGACAUUAUGGGAUUAAAAACAUGAACUGGACAUUAACUAAAGUAGACAUUAUGGGAUUAAAAACAUGAACUGGACAUUAACUAAAGUAGACAUUAUGGGAUUAAAAACAUGAACUGGACAUUAACUAAAGUAGACAUGAUGGGAUUAAAAACAUGAACUGGACAUUAACUAAAGUAGACAUUAUGGGAUUAAAAACAUGAACUGGACAUUAACUAAAGUAGACAUUAUGGGAUUAAAAACAAGACAAUAGAUUAAAAUAAAAAAUAAAUGAGAAAAAAUUGAUAGUUUUUAAAGAAUUUAUUAUAUUAUUACUCAUUCGAAAGUUUAUUGAACACAUUUUUAAGAUGACUGAUCUCUGUGCAUUAAAUGUCUUUCAGGGAUGAAUGGAUUCAAGCUAUUGGAUCUGUGUCAGAUACACUCAAAGUAACAGAAGAAACCCCUGCAGCAAACAUUCUGGAACAUAAAAAGAAAGUGGUAAGUUCUAUAACUCUUUGAAUACGGUAGUUCGUUUGCCAUUGUCAUUUGAUUGUAAUUAGAGUCUAUUAAAAUUUGUCCCCUUCAUAUUUACUUUAUUUUAAUUUGACGUCACUCUGUUCUGUCCUCACAUAUUUCUGCACAUCAUGAGUGUAACCAUAUAAUUUAAAUCUGCAGUCUCUGGAUGACUUUGAUUUCCUUAAAGUGCUCGGAAAAGGAACAUUUGGGAAGGUGAUUAUGUGUAAAGAGAAGGCAACCAACCAGUUGUAUGCCAUUAAAAUUUUGAAAAAAGCUGUCAUCAUCGCCAAAGUAUGUAUGCUUAUUUUAACUUUCAAUUUUUUACAACUUUUUAACUGGAUUAUAUUUUUAAAAUGUAAUAAAAUAAAUCACUAGUAUUUUAGAGUUGUGAUGCUUAUUACUUUAUCAAGUUAACAUUAUUUUCUCUCAUUUUAAAGCAGAGAAUUUUAUUUGAAUCCUCUGUCAUUUGUUAUAAUUUAAAAAGUCAGAUUUUUAAAAUUGUUAAGCGUACCACUUUUGUGCUUUACGCAUUUAUCCUGAGAACUCUUUCCCAGUCAUAGUUGUAAAUAAGUUUGGACAUUUUUCUAGUUUGAUUAAGAUAGAUCUAUCAUCUGUCAAAUAAAUUGUUUAGGGUAGAUCUAUAAUCUAUCAAAUAAAUCUUUGAUAUUUAAUUUGGUUGCUUUGAAAUAGUAAGUUCCUUUUUUUGUCCUUGCUGAAACCAACAGGAUGAAGUUGCUCACACGCUUACAGAAAACAGAGUUCUUCAGACAACAAAUCACCCAUUUCUCACAGUGAGUCCAGCUGCAUUCUGUGUUGUUAUCUACCAGCGUGUUAAUCUCUUAAACAUAAACACAAGUAAUCAAAGUCUUCUGUUAAAUCUUAUUGCUUUUUGAAAAUUUAAAAGGCUCUUUUAUAGAUAUGGGUAGAAUAUUUAAUUAGUACUUCAACUGUAAGAUCUGCAUUUUCUCUCGGCAGCAACUCAAAUAUUCAUUCCAAACGGCAGACAGACUUUGCUUCGUCAUGGAGUAUGUGAAUGGUGGAGAGCUGUUUUUUCAUCUGUCUAGAGAAAGGGUAUUUUCAGAGGAAAGAACAAAAUUUUAUGGGGCAGAAAUUGUCUCUGCCCUUGGCUAUCUUCAUGAAAAUAAUAUUGUGUACAGAGAUUUAAAGGUACACCAUCUUGAUUAUUAUUGUAGGGACAAAUCUAAAUUGUUAAAUAGAUCUCAGUUGUUAUUUAGAAAAAUUGGUGCUGAUUUUCUUUCUUCAGUGACCCCCGAAAGCAGUUUUUAAUUGCCAUUGAUGUGAUUAUUUUUUUUUUUUAAUUGAAAGAUAAUUUUGACUAUAUUAUAAUUAUUUCUGAAAAACUAUUUGUGACAUUGUCAUAUUUUGCUUUUUAUCAGUGAUUAAAAAAAAAAAGGUAUUAUUGAGGAAUAAUUUGUGUCUUGCUUUAUCUAUACAUAAAUACUGUCAAUAAUCUAUGUUUUGGUUCACAGCUUGAAAAUUUGUUGCUCGAUAAAGAUGGCCAUAUCAAAAUAGCUGACUUUGGUCUGUGUAAGGAAGAGAUGUUUUUUGGUGCAAGCACAAACACCUUUUGUGGUACACCAGAAUACCUGGCACCUGAGGUGUGUUUUUAAAAAAAAAAUAGUUAACGUGCCCAUUUUGAGACCAACUUGGCACACCGACUUCUUUAGCUCUACACUUUUAAAUAACCAGACGGAAAGACGACUAUUUUUUAGUGUACUUUAACUAACGGGUAAAAAGUAAGUGUAAGCUUUACGAAGAUAAGACCAUUAAAAACUUGAUUUUGAAAUCUUUGCGAAAUGCCAUGAAAUAUUCAAAUGUCGAUUUAAAUUUGUUAAAAUGUGUUUUCAAACACGCUGUUAAGUUAUUAACCACUUGUAUCUUGAAACCAGGUGUUGGAGGACAAUGACUACGGUAGGGCAGUUGACUGGUGGGGUACAGGUGUCGUCAUGUAUGAGAUGAUGUGUGGUCGACUACCUUUCUACAACAAAGACCAUGAUGUUCUCUUUGAGCUCAUUCUACUGCAGCAUGUCAAGUUCCCCAGGAAUCUCUCAGAGGAGGCCAAAACAUUGCUCAGUGGUUUGUUGGCGAAAAAGCCAAAGCAAAGGUGAGAUGCUAACUAUAACACUUACCUGGAGUAUCUGGCAUAAAUAAUGUGGGCGAAUCAAUAUCUUAGUUUUUAGAAGCUAUUCAAAGCGGAUCAAUAUUUUUUCUAUUUAAAAUAAUAGCCUAUUUUUCAAAAUCUUUGAAAGCAGACAUCUAGUAUAAAUGUUUAAAUCGGCCCUCAAUGUUAAAUUCUACCUGAAGUGGACAUAUUUAGUAUUUCUGCUUGAAGCCCUUCAAAUCCACGAUUCAUCCUUUCACCACUUUAUCCUAGCUUUAGAAUGUUGAAAUAAGUUUUCCAUUGAUAAUGGAAGCUAAAAUAAUGUUGUUUAGGAAGAGCAGUUUACAUGCGUAUAAAUGAAAUGAUAAUAAGAAAUUGCAUUUCUUUAAUGAGUCGCGUACGCACACACAUGGCUAUUACAAUAUGAGAAUGCCCAAAGUCCAAUCUCAUAAACAUAAAAUCUGUUUGUUCAGGCUUGGUGGUGGUGAAGCAGAUGUGGCAGAAAUAAAGAGUCAUCCUUUCUUUGCCUCCAUCAACUGGGAAGAUUUAGUUGCCAAAAAGGUGAAUAUAAUCUAUUUCUUUAAUCAUUACAGUUUAUGCUUUAUGCUCAGUUGUCUCCCCAUUAAGCACAGGUUUUUUUCUUUAAAAAAAAAAAAAAUAUAUGUUUUUUUUUGCCUCUAUUUGCGUCAUCCUUAUUUGAUUCCAUAAUUUUGUUUCCAUUAUUGGUGCAGUUUUUUUAAUCAGCUUUUAGAGUUUGAAUUUUUGUCUCCAUUCCUAUCUUUGUCUUUUCAAGUAAUUUCAACUGUCCAAUUUAUUAAAUCUAAGGUAUACACUUGCAAAUCUUGAUAAGUUUCAUAUGCAGAUUUUUGCUCAUAAUAAAAAAAAAAGGGUAGUAAAAAAAAUGGGUACAAGGGAAAGUAUCACAUCUAAGACACUUGAUGUUUUAGCACUAAAACUACACAAUAAAAACACCUGUGGACCCAACUUAAUGAGUUGGAACUUGAAUUUUUAUACAGAAUGAUCUUUUUUUCCUUUGCUUGAUCAUUUUUUAAAUAAAUUUCAUCUAAGUAUUUUUGAAACUCUCUGGUAGCAUAAUUAAUCAUUACCUUAACAAAUAUUUUGUUAUACAUUUUAAACAUUAAAAAAAUUUAGAUUCUACUUUUUGGGCUUAAUUUAAAUUAAAUUUGGAAAAAGAACAAAUUAAAAGUGCUCUGAAUUUCUUAUCAAAUCUGUGGAUGAAGAGCAUUUUAGUUAUAUUUAAUCUACGAUCGGAGCACUAUUUUUAUUUAUUUGCUAGAUCACAAUAAAUAACCUGUCACAACAGUUGUUUUUAUACUGUAAAUAACGGUACCAAUAAGUUCAAAUAACUAUUUAAGUUUGGAAAAAGUAGGUACCUCAGUUCAAAUUUUUAUCCAAAAGUUAAAAUAUUUUAUUGAGGGCGGAUAUCAAAUUUUUAUCCAGAAUUUAAAAUAUUUUAUCGAGGGCGGAUAAUGCUGAAAAACACUACUAUAAUUGAAUUAGCUUUUUCAGAUACAAGUGUGCAUUACUGUGAUAAGGAUUAACAUAUAAAAUGUUCUGAACUUUUAAUCUAACAUAAAGCAGCAACUCUUUAUCAGUUAUUAACAAACAUUCCUAGAAAAUCUACAUACAUUCCUAGAAAAUCUACAAAAACAUUUCUAGAAAAUCUUUUCUAAAACAUGUCAACAAGUUCUUUUAUAUAUUAAAAUGAACUGCUGCCGCCUUAUUAAAUCUAUAUUGAUCGUCAGUGUAAAUUUAUCACUGUAGCGUUUCAGUAACUAAACACUUUUUUUGUUCAAGAGGAUAAUUUUCACAACGCAAAAGUUAAUCUUUUUUUUUUAUGUGUGUCAAGCAAAAUAUUUUAUGUCAAGUUAUGUCUUUAAUGCUGACACUAGAAGUGCUUUAAGGAGGGCUUGAUUAAUGGAAGUUGUUUUAGUUGUUUGUUAGACAUGUUAAGUUUUGACAUUUUUGUUUAACACUGUCACUAGUAGUCAUAAUGAGUUCACUUAAAAUACCUUAGUACAUCAGAAAAAAGGAAACUUUAUAUUGAAUGUCUUUGAUAGUGUCCAUAUAAGUAGAUUUAUUUAAAUAUUUUGUUGUGUAAACUAGUACCUCAUUUUGAAAUUAUACAUCAAGAUCUCUGGUAACAUGUCCUAGUAAGUAGAUCCUGGUAUCAUUAAAGGGCAGAAUGGAAAGGAUAAGGCACCUCGACGUCCCCUGGCCAUUGGCACUUUGAAGCUAGAAAAUAUCUGUUAGAGAAAUAGUUGACAUUCAAGUAAGAUGUUAGUCAUGGCCUUAGGGAACAUGGACAUUUAAUGAGGACUUGAAUCAAUAGAAUAAUUCUUCUAUGUUGUUUAAAUGAAUGUUUAUUGAAGCAAUUUUAAUUUUACUUGCUCCAUAAGGCUUGAAAUCUUUUCUGUAUUAAAUCAAGGAUUUAAAUUUAAUUUGUUGAUGAGAUAUCUAUUGGGCCGUUUUUUUUUAGUAGUGAAGGAAAGUGAGUCAAAAAGCUACUUUAACUUGGGAGUAGUCUGACAUAAGGGAAAUUUGAGUAAAAAAGCUACUUUAACUUGGGAGUAGUCUGACAUAAGGGCAAUUUGAGUAAAUAAGCUACUUUAACUUGGGAGUAGUCAGACAUAAGGGAAAUUUGAGUAAAUAAGCUACUUUAACGUGGAUGUUAGUCUGAUCUAGGGUAUAAUUCCUCCAAAGGUUGGUCCCUGCCAAUGAUUUCUGUGCAUUUAUCUGUCCCAGCAUUGGUUGUAGAGGCAUUUCACUCUUUCUCAUUUAUUUAUGCUAUUGAAAGUCAGAGGCAGAGGUGUCAAGUCAAAUGACUUGUUAAGUAACCACAGUGUAGGUCAGCUAUCACUUGAUCACUCAAAUGUCUACUUUUAUGUUUGCAAUAUUUCUGCAAGUAUUUUGUCAUUCAUAAGAUCACAAACUGCACUAACCCAGUCCCUGCGAUUUUUUAAGCCAUUUUGCUAAAGGAAUUUUAAAUUAUUUUUUUAUGCAGCUUAUUUUGUUUUAUAUAAAAAAAAAAACGACUACAACCUUACAUUACAUUACAUUACAUUAAAGUGUUUUAAAGCUUCAAACCAUUUUCUGCCUCUAACCCUUCCAAAACAUGAAUUUGUUUAUUUCCCAUUUACAACCCCAUUAGUUAGAGAAUUUUAAUUUGUUACAUUUUAUGAUUUUUAACAACAGAAAACCGUCAAUGCAUUUUAUAGUAAAACUAGUUAUAGUUUUAACCAAACAAUGGCGUAUGCAAUGCCGGAACUUCCCAUCUGCUCAUAUUACUUGACAAAACGUGCAUUUAAGUGCACUUUAUAAGAAUCCCAAUUAGUGUUAUUGACAUUUAAUGAACGCUGUAUUUUCUUUAAGUUUAAUGUCAUCAUGAGCUAGUUAAAUAAAAAUUCUUAGUUGAAGAUACCAUAAGUGAGAUUGUUUAUUUUGUACAUUACAUGGCCUUUUAAAUAAUCCUUAUAAAUAAAUAUUUGACAUAAUAUUAUUUCACAUCAAUCAGCAUCUCUCAUUUUUUUCUUCAAUUUUUCAUGUGCUCCAACAUUUACACUAAUACAAGUACUUCAUUGUUAUUCCCCUUUUAUAAGGGUCUCAUCUUUGUUUUAUAAACAUUUUUACCUUUUAUGUAGAAAUAACUUAAAGGGAAGAAUUGCACUUUUUUUACAUUUAGUAUUUUUUUUAUAGGUUUAAAAAACCUUUACUUUAAGACUAUAAUGAUACGGCUAAUAUUAUAUAGAAAUUCAUAUAUGAGUAUAUCAUUUAUCCAGACUUAAUUUUUGUUGGACUCUGGUUGAUUUCUCUGGACUCAAGUAUUUUAUGAGCCAACCAAAGUACAUUUUUAAAGGGAAGUAACCCAACUAUGUACAUUUGCAAGGGAAGGAAGCUUCAUCAAGAAAUGAAUUUAUGUCUGCUCAAAGACAAAAUUUUGAGUUUGGGGAUCAAAGCUUUAAAAAUAUUGUUACCGUUAUUUAUUCCAUAUAGAAUGUCAUUUAAAAUCUGUACUUGUUAUUCUGCCUACUUCAUCGCGUCAUAGUUAUUCUGACUCUAUUAUGAUAGAUGUCGGUACAGUGUUUCAAAAACUUAAAUUUUAACCAAUUUAAUGGAAAUUUUAAAAUAAUAUUUAUUUGCAAUUAAAAUUUAAAACCUCCAAAGUUCCAAACUCUAAAGCAGUGUUUCCCAACAUGGGGGCCGCGACGCCCCACAAAGGGUUGGUGUGGGGGGGGGGGGCAAUUUGAUUGUUUAGGGGGGCUGUUAAAAAACGGGCGGUCUAGAAUUUGAAAACCAGCAAUUUUGAUGGGCAUUGGUUGGCCAAACAUAGUUUCAAACAAGUGUUUCCCAACAUGGGGGCCGCGACGCCCCACAAAGGGUUGGUGUGGGGGGGGGGGGCAAUUUGAUUGUUUAGGGGGGCUGUUAAAAAACGAGCUGUCUAGAAUUUGAAAACCAACCAUCUUGAUGCGCAUUGGUUGGCCAAACAUAGUUUCAAACAUUAAUGGAAAAAGAAAAACCUAAAAGUCUCUAUUUACUGCUCAUACUGCAACUGUUUACUGCUCAUACUGCAACUGUUUACUACUCAUACUGCAACUGUCAAUCGUUCGCUUGAGGUUACUUAUGAAAUUUUUUUACUAAUAGUUAAACCUGGGAAAAAUCAUAAUAUAGGAAUUUAAUCAAACCAUCAAUAUCAGCAUUUCUUAAAACUGUUCUGGAGAAAGAUGACAAAGACGUGAAAGCUAAGUCACUCUGUAACAAUACUGUUAGCAAAAAUGAAAAGAUGAAAUGAGUGAAGAAAAACAACUUGUUGAAAAGCUGAAAACAAGAAAUUGCCAUUGCAAAGGGAUGAAAGAGACAGUGAGGCCGUACCGAUAACUUAAGAUCUAUUGAUAAAGGAAAUUGAGCUAAAGAAAUGUCAUUCUGUAAACCAUUAGAAAGCACCACUACUGCCACAGAUAUAUAUGAGCUAAAAAGUUACUUAGAUGUCAAUAAUAUACCAAUCAAUAAUAAAAUAUAAUAUCUUGUGCUGCCGAUGCUGCUCCUAAUAUGAUAGGCAAAAAAAUGGCUGCUUUAAAAUGAUAAAAAUAAUGAAUAAUAAAUGAAAUGAUAAAUAAUAAAAUAUUCGAGAAAAUCUUUCAUUUUUCACAUGAAUUAAAUUUCUCCAUUUUAUGUUUUAAAAAUGUACUAUUCAUUCAUAAUCCUUUUUUCUUCUUCCUAAAACCCGUCAUUUAGUUUUCAUUUAGUGAGAUUCUAUUCAAUGUUUGAAUAUAAAAAUUAUGUGUGUGUAUAUAUAUAUAUAUAUAUAUAAAACAUAAGGGGGCAUAUAGGAUUUUAGAAAGGCUUAGGUGGGGCAUGGCACAAAAAGGGUUGGGAAACACUGCUCUAAAGUAUGAAUCAUUACACAGAAAUGUGUGUGCUGCCAUAUAUUGGAUCUUAUUAAAAUAAGUACUUCUUCUUGAGUAGUUUCAGAAUAAGCACCCUAUAUAGUUUUUGUGGGUAUAAUUUAUGAACUUAUUUAAGACCAAAUUCCAAUGGAUAUUGAAAAAAUGAUCUAUGAUAAUUAGGAGAUAAUGACAUAAUUUUUGUUCGGUUUUGUUAAUAUAUUACCACUGUUAGCUCCACUUAUCAGUUUUUGUGCAUCAUGCUACAUGCAUUGUCAAAGAUGAGGCCCCUGUUAAUUCAGCUAUUACACUAAUUUUAAUCAGUCUUUAAUUUCACUCUCUUUCACCGACCCAUUCAUUUUUGUCAUCUUUUUUUUUCAAACUUGUCAUUCUUCUUCAAUCAUUUGGGAACAUUUUUUUUAAUUACACCUGACCGACCACCAGAUAACCCCACCCUUCAAGCCACAAGUGACAUCAGAAACAGAUACCCGCUACUUUGAUGAAGUGUUUACGGGGGAGGCCGUGAACGUCACCCCACCCGUGGGCAUGUCACACCACCAUGCUUUGGUUCCCAUUGCCGAAGACAUGGAGACGCUGCCCUAUUUUGAGCAGUUUUCCUACCACGGCAGUCGAGGCAGCCUGGCCAGCAAUCGUAUGAGCUUUGAAACCACCUGGAACCUCUGAGGUGCCCCGUCGGCUUCGAAGGCCGACCGUCCUUAGACGGCAGACCCGUGAAAUAUGAAGGACCAACUUUAAUCAUUGGACUCAGUAUGUCAGUUUAGGGAGAGCAUUCAUUGCUAACUGAAGACAGAGAAUGACUAUUUAUGAUGGCAUGGGACUUUUUUAAGACUGAUGUCUUGAUUCUUACUCAAGUGAAAAAUCUCUUGCUUGACCUACUGACAGCCAUGAUCUACCUCUGUACGGAUUGCUAAAAAAUUUUGCCUUCCCUUAUGCCUUGGAUUGGUCAAUUUAGGCAUCUAUUUAGUUACCUCUUUUAUACAUAGUCAUUAUGAAUAUUUUGGAAAGUCUGGGACUGAAUCAUAUGAACAUAUGUUCAUGUUAUAUGUUCAUGUUAAUGCAACAAAUAUUCAAAUAUGGGUCUGAUCCUUCAAUAGUCAUAUUUUUUAGCUAUUUGUCGGAAACAGAUUAGGAAUUUAAGAUUUCAAAAAAUGUUUUUAGCGAAAAGGAAAAUUUUGUCAGUUCUUGAAAGUUAUGACAGAAAACCAGAGGUUGGUUGUUGUUAAAAUAGAGUGAUGUGGCUCAAUGUAUAAUUGGUUAGAGAUCAAGACUUGGGAUAAUGAGGUAUGGAAAGAAAUUAUAUUGGUUCAUUUUGAAUUUGGACUUAAAAGAAUGGUUUGAAUGUCUAAUAGUUAAUGGUAAUCUUUGUUAAUUUAAAAAAAAAAGAAGACACUUUUGUGAUGUGCAGACAUAUUUUUAUUCCAGAUUUAAAUAUGCCUUAAUUGUUAGUUUGUAUGCCAGUUUGAUAUUGCUUCUACCAAAAGCAUCGCAAUUGUGGACUUCCAAACCAGGGCUGGGGAGUCAGGAUAAAUUGUGGGUCUAUAAAGUGUAUUAUAAACAUUACAGAUGUAGGUGGUGAUAUUUCCACCACAGCCUGACAUCACUAAACAUAGCCUUAAGAAAUUAGUCAAUUGAAUCUGAACAUUUGUUCAGUCAGGAUUCUUAUUCCUUCAAUGACUCCUCAGCCCUAAUUUCAUCUUAGUAUUCCUUGAACUUGACAUGGCUGACCAGCACAAGCUUUUUACAUGACAUUUUGACAUGGCUGACCAGCACAAGCUUUUUACAUGACCGUAAGAGGUAUGGGGGAAUAAGCAUUUACUUUUAUAGGCAGUUGGAAAUUCAAGAAGAAAGUGAGAGUUAUGCUUAUCAUUUCAUACUGAUGUUAGUUAUGCUUAUCAUUUCAUACUGAUGUUAGUUAUGCUUAUCAUUUCAUACUGAUGUUAGUUAUGCUUAUCAUUUCAUACUGAUGUUAGUUAUGCUUAUCAUUUCAUACUGAUGUGAGAGAGCAUAAGAACUGAGGAAUUUUGAGAGUUCUUAAAGAAUUGGAGUGUAUUUGUGUGUCUCUCUUCCCAUCCUAAAAUAACCCUCCCAUUCAAAUGAACCGCUGGUAGUCUGCUUUAGGGAGGGAAACAUUAAGGCUAUAAAUAGUCAUAUUCAGGGGACAGAAUCUUGUUUUGAUAUGUGCUCUGAACAUUCAGGAGAUGUUGCUUUCUUGACUUAGCUUUCCUUGUUUUCCAAGCAUUAUGAGGUGAAAGGUACAUCAGUCUGAAAGUGAAAUAGGUCAACCUCAUAAGAUGAUAGUCCCUCAGAAGAAUGUAGAAAUCACUGUACUCUCUAAACUAUCCAUUCUAUGCUUGUUUCAUCACUCAGCACCAAAGAAGUUGAAUACAAAAAAAUGUUAAAACCAUAAUAUUAUUAUGAACCUGUGGUUAGCUUGAGGACAUUGUAACAUGUUAAAACCAGUGGGGUGAAUGCAUUAUAUUCUGAACCUAUGGUUAGCUUGAGGACAUUGUAACAUUUUAAAGGCUGGCAGCUGAGCUUUAAAAUAAUUUUAGUGUUGAGUGGUGUUUGUUGACUAUGAGCAUUGACUCAAAAAUUGUUUAAUCUUUAAAUUGUAGUCUACUCUGGAAGUUUUGAGCUAAAUUACAGAAGACUAUAAACAAUUAUUGGUUUGCAAUUAUUUUUCAAGUUUUCUUUGAUUUAUAUGAAUGUUUUCUGGAAAUUACAUUUUUAAGUUGAUGGAAAAUAAGUUUAAAAAAAAUCAUAAAUACAUUUUUUUUUUUCAUGAACAAUGGGGUAUAAUUUUUAUAUUUUAAAUUAUUUAAAUAGUUUUUUCAUUUCCAUUCAUUUGAUUUUAAUGAUUAAAAAAGACUUAGAUAAGCUAUUUUCAUAGUGGAGAUAUUGAGCUUCAAAUUUAAAUUAAAGGAAAGCUCAUCCAGUCAGUUAAGUUUGUUUUAGACUAACUUGUGUUUUAAAGUUGAUAUAAGAUCUCCUUUGACAGUGUUCAUUCAAUUUAUAACAUGUUUUUAAAUGAGCAUGUAAUACAAACAUUUUGGGUGCAUGUUGAUUUUAUUAGUCACUUGAUCAUAGUCUUGUAUCACGUAAUGACAGUCUUGUAUCACUUAGUCUUGUAUCACAAUGCUUUUCCACUCAAAAAGUUUUCCAUGUCAGUGUUCAGCUUGAGUUGAUAUCUGUGUAGAGAGUGUAGGCUGCUACAGUAAAUGUAGUGCUUGUAGAGAGUGUAGGCUGCUACAGUAAAUGUAGUGCUUGGAGAGAGUGUAGGCUGCUACAGUAACUGUAGUGCUUGGAGAGAGUGUAGGCUGCUACAGUAAAUGUAGUGCUUGUAGAGAGUGUAGGCUGCUACAGUAAAUGUAGUGCUUGGAGAGAGUGUAGGCUGCUACAGUAACUGUAGUGCUUGGAGAGAGUGUAGGCUGCUACAGUAAAUGUAGUGCUUGUAGUGAGUGUAGGCUGCUACAGUAAAUGUAGGGCUUUAGUCAUUUUAGUUGAGUUUUGUUAUAUACAUUGCUAAAUUCUUGUUUUGUCAAGCUUGGUAAAAAUCUCAGAAUUACUUAUCAUUUUGAUUGCUUUAUUUAGGAUAAGAUUUUAACUGGCGUAACUUAUCAUUUCAUCUAGGGGUUCUCAAAGCACCUCAAAUGCCUAUCGAGGGCCACACCACAUUAUCUCAUACUAUUUGUCCCUUUGUGGGUCACAGUAUAAAGGUUGCAGGCAGCGCGAGACUCGACACUAUCUUGUUUAUAUAUACCAUACUGUAUAAUUUACCUUUGUUAACAUUGCGCUUUUACUAAUUGUGUUCAGAAUAAAAAAUAACUCCUGGCAUUUACUGAGCUCAUUUGGAGACAUCCCCUCACAGACAUGACCUUACUGGCCCGGCUUAGUAGUCUAGACAUUUGUGUUCAACUACCUCAUUUCACAACACAUAUUGAUCAAUAUUACAAAUCACUAAUAUCAAAAGUUUACCCCUGGAUUUAGGUUCAGAUCUUGAGAUCACAUUCAUUACAUAUCUUGCUGACAGAAGUCAUGGGAAGUGGGUGGGUCAGGAACACUCAUUGCUGUAUGUUUGAUACUUUUGACGCAUCUAUCAUUUCGAACUGUUACUUUAUAGAGGUAAGGAAAAGGGGAAAUUAUUUUUGUUUUACAAAUGAAGACAAAAAUGCAGUAUGAUGAAAAGAAGCUGUUUUCUUUCAGAUGAAAUAGACACAACUCAUGCAUAACAAUAGAAGAAAUUAAAUACAGGCAAACACAACUAAUGCAUAAGAAUAGAAAAAAUUAAAUACAGACAGACACAACUAAUGCACAACAAUAGAAGAAAUUAAAUACAGACAGGCACAACUAAUGCCUAACAACAGAAGGAAAUCUGAUUUGGCAUGUACAGUGCCUUUCAAAGUAUAAUUUAAUAUCUGUUAAAACUUAUUGAUAUCUUUUAAUCACUGAUAAAAUAAAUAUUUUAAGGACUGAUUUUUAAAGCAUUCAAAUUCAAAUAUUCAUGCAAUCUGUCAAAAUAUUAAUUCAUUACAUUUUUUUUUCUGUGGCAUUGUAUUUUAUUUUCCUGUUGAAUAAUCCAAUGUGAUUAGAGAUGACUGCAUGGUGGUGGGAGGACGUGUUAGUUCCUCCAAUCUGACUGUUGUUGGCGUGCAAGAUGAUAAUUUAAGGACAGAGGUGAGCGUCCUGAGAGAAACAUUUCUAUAAAUAUGUAAAAAGGAUCUUAUUGAUUUUUAUUCAUCUAUGGGCUCAAGUAAUAUUGGUGUCAAGUGUACACAAGAAUUGUGAGAUGAGCAGUAAAUGUACACUUGUUAACAUGUCUCUUAGCCGAUGCUUGGCGUCAUUUGAAGACUUGGGCAAUGAACUUGCCACUAUUUGCUUUGUUAUUAGAACUGAUGCGUGGUUUUUAUUGUAUCUGUGAUUGAUUUUAUGGCUGGAGCCUCUACACUGUACAGUUUUUGGUCUGACUUACUUUAAAACACUUACAAGUGUUCUCAAACUUUUAGAUGGACACACAUUUGAGUACAAGGGUCCAAAUCUUUAGCAGGUGGUUUUUUAAAAAACUAAAACUAAACAGAUGUCUGAAAUAGUUACAUUUUCACUAUAAACUUAACAUGCAAUAUAACCAUACAAUGAAGAAUCAUGUUGUUGACAUAUUUUUUGACCCAUACGCACACUGUUAACAGUGCAACUCAAAAUCACAAUGUUGACACAUAUUUUUGACUCUCAUAGACACGCUGUCAAUUGUUCAGUGACGUUCAACAUUGAUCACAUUCAUAUUUUAUUGACCUACAUCCACUGUUGACAGUUCAAGUAUGUUCAAGUUCAAAUAGCAUAUUCGGACAGGACGAAUGGUUUGCCUUGUCAAUGACCUGUUGGUUAGGAUUCUUAUAACAAUAACAUAUUCCGUCUGGAUGAAUGGUUAAUGACAUGUUGGUUAGUUUUCUCAUAACAACAACAACAUAUUCCGUCUGUACGAAUGGUUUGCGUUGUUAAUGGCCUGUUGAUUAGGUUUCUCACAACAACAAUAAAAUAUUCUGUCUGGACGAAUGGUUUGCAUUGUUGGUUAGGUUUCUCAUAACAACAAUAAAAUAUUCUGUCUGGACGAAUGGUUUGCCUUGUUAAUGACCUGUUGAUUAGGUUUCUCAUAACAACAAUAACAUAUUCUGUCUGGAUGAAUGUUUUGCCUUGUUAAUGACCUGUUGGUUAUGUUUCUCAUAACAACAAUAACAUAUUCUGUCUGGACGAAUGGUUUGCCUUGUUAAUGACCAGUUGGUUAUGUUUCUCAUAACAACAAUAACAUAUUCUGUAUGGACGAAUGGUUUGCCUUGUUUGGCCCCUUAUGUAAUCUGUGUCAGAGUUUAUUUAACCUGUACUUGAUCAGUAAGAUUUGUAUUAAAUUUUUUGUACAUCUUUUUUAUUUGACUUAUAAAUCUUUGGUGGAUUUAAAUUUUAAAAAAUAUUUCUAAAGGCUUGCUGGCGGAGAUGUGUGUCUGGUGAGGGGUGGCCACAUUUCCUUCUCAAAGUCCACUUGAAAAUAAUUUUCCUAUCUUUUAUUGAAGAAUGGGGUCGAUUCUCCAUGCCACAUUUGUAACAGACUGGGAAUAGGAUGGGAGUAAUAAAUGAGUAUGGUUAUAAUAGUCUAGGUGUACAAGUUUUUUGUGAUGAGGAGUUUCUUUUUAGUAUGAUCUAACAAUUACCUCUCUCACUGAUGUCACAUAUUUAACAGUAAAGCAUCUAGUCUCUUGGUUUGUGUUUUUUACUUUGUCUCAAACUUGUUACUAAUUAUUGUGUUUAAAGACGCUAUUCAUUAUGUUUACAUUAAUAUUUUGUGUGUGGGAUACUGUGACACUUGAAUGGUGUUUUGUAACCUAAACUGCUGUUGUAUUGGCUUGUUGUCUGUAGUGCAAUCAUUGGAUAUGUGGAUUGAGAUGUGGCUAGUGUGUCAACUCUAUAUUUGAUUUUAAAAAACUACAAUAAGAUUUUUUUGGACCACAAGUUUUUUAAAAUUUAUGGAUCAUUGUUUUGGGAAUUAGGAUUAACUUGGGCCCAAUGUCAUAGGCACAAAGCCUUAAGUAGUUCGUCUUGGUUUGUCAAUAGUCAGGGGACCUAGAUCUACUCUUACUGCUAAUAAUAAUAAUAGGAACCAAUUCAACAGUCAGGUGACCUAGAUCUACUCUUACUGCUAAUAAUAAUAAUAGGAACCAAUUCAACAGUCAGGUGACCUAGAUCUACUCUUACUGCUAAUAAUAAUAAUAGGAACCAAUUCAACAGUCAGGUGACCUAGAUCUACUCUUACUGCUAAUAAUAAUAAUAUGAACCAAGUCAAAGGUAUUAUAGUUGAAGCAACCAAGUUGAUGGCCAAACUAAUUUGCUAAUGGCCAAGUGUCAUGGUGAUGAGGCUAAUGGUAAAGACGUCAACUCUCAUAUUAUCAGUGAAGGAGUUAAAAAUGAACUCAAUCUACACUGGUCAAUUUUGUGAAAACCCUAACUUAAGUGUUUCCGCACCGAGGGAACUUUGAUCAUUUCAGUAAUAUCUAGUUCUUAGAAACGCAUUUGAAAAAAUAAUCAUAUAAAUAAGAAUAUAAUUUAAAACACUUUCUAGUUGACUCAAAUGUGAAACAAUAUUUUAUAUGUAUUUUGUUUAGAAAGACAAUUAUAUUAAUGAAAAUAAACUAAUUGUGAACAAAACCAUGGUCUUUAAUCAGCCUUCUGUCAACAGUACAAAGAAUAUUUCUACUUAAUUUCUCAUUCAUAGUAUUUGUAGCUCAUAUUUAUUUUUUUGGUGAUACCAAUGCUUAAUCAAAAUUUUUUGUUUUUGUUUUGAGUCUGAUAACUUAAAAAACAAAUCUGUAUUAAAUUUGUCUAGUAUAAUGACAAGUGUUUGAGAAAACCUGUUUCCUUUAACUAGUGGUGGCAUCCCAAAUAUCCGGCUCCGUAAAGGCAGGCAAUCUUUGGGGACAGGUUCUAGUUAUCUCUAUUCAGUUUUCUGAUAAUUGAACAACCCGUUUGAUUAGCUUUUCUAAUUUUAAGUGCGGGUUUGCACAAACGAUUACAAUCCGGUAGGAUGCCACUGCUGAUUUUAACACAACUUUUGUCUAUCUGAGAUCACAGGAUGCCACUGCUGAUUUUAACACAACUUUUGUCUAUCUGAGAUCACAGGAUGCCACUGCUGAUUUUAACACAACUUUUGUCUAUCUGAGAUCACAGGAUGCCACUGCUGAUUUUAACACAACUUUUGUCUAUCUGAGAUCACAGGAUGCCACUGCUGAUUUUAACACAACUUUUGUCUAUCUGAGAUCACACUUGAGUAUCUCUUUGUUGUUCUCCCCUGUUUAUCUGACAUUUUUCAAUUGCGUAAACAUUUUUUGUGUAGUAUUUCAUUUUUGACACUGUUUCUUGAUUUGGUUUCUAUUUGAAGUCAUUAAAAGUAAUUUUAGAAGCUUUUUAUCUUGUGUAAUGGUAAAGGAUAAUCUUUAUACUUGUUUAAAACUUGUGUGAAACAUCUUAAAAAGGGCUACGCCCAGGUCAUGACACUUGUACCAUCACUGUAUGUUUAUUUGAUGACUUUCCACCCAUCAACACCAACCAUUGUAUAUCGUCACCUGAAACCAUAGCUGGCCCAGGUCAUUACACUUGUACCAUCACUGUAUGUUUAUUUGAUGACCUUUGACCCAACAACACCAAGCAUUAUAUAUCAUCACCUGAAACCAUAGCUGCGCCACCAUUGCCAUUAACUUGUAUAUUUCUAUAUAAUUACGGUAGAUUUUUUAAAUUGACCAAAACGUCCUGUUAAGACAGCAUUUUUAGAUAGGGUUUGUCUGAUUAGCCCUGGUCAGUGUGGUAUUCCAGGUGAGUGUCUCGUAUCCUGGUUGUAUUAACUCAUUAAAGAUUAUCAUAGUUUUAAAAAAUCAUUAUCUUUUUGUGUGAGUUUUGCUUUUGUCAAAACAUGUUGUUUAAUUAUCCAUUUUGCUGUUAUGUCUUUGUUAAAAGCUAGCGGUGUAGAAGAUUCUUUUUCAUUUUAAGUCUGGUUUUGCUUUCAAUAGUUGUUAUUUUUUUUUUUCCAGUUUAUUUCUUCCUCUUCAAAUGUAGUUUAAUUUUGUUUCUUUGUUUGUUUUUUUCAAAUUUAGCCGAGUUUUCAACAUUAUUUUGAUUUCUACAGUUUACUCAUAGCUCUUUAUUCCCUUGUCUGUAUUUAAAUAAGAGUUUAUGUGAAUGGUUAUUGACACUUGCCAGAUUCCUAGUUAAGAUGAAACCACAACCCAAAAGAUCUGUUUGGCUACUUACAAAAUUUCAUAUUAUUAUAAGAAAACUAUUUUUUUUGUGUUUUGCAUCAUAAUAUUACAUUUAAAAAAAGGUUGUUUUGAAUAGUCUAUAUAAAUAUAUGAUAAGAUUCAAAACUCAUAUUUAUAUGUUAGUUAUGGAAUCACUACCAAAUUUAUACCAAAAAUAGAUUUGAAUAAAUUGUGGAUAAUAUAAUAAUAUAAUUAAAAUACAGCCAUACCAAUGGACAAUAGGUAUUGCAAAAAAAAAAAAAAAUGGAAGCCUCUACCAAUUAGAAAAAAAAAAAAUUUAUACCAAAAAAAAAUUUAAAUAAAUUGUGGAUAAUAUAAAAAUAUAAUUAAAAUACAGCCAUCCCAAUGGAAAAUAGGAAUUGAAAAAAAAAAAAAAAAUGGAAGCCUCUACCAAUUAGAAAAAAAAAAUGAAUAAAAACAUACCAAAAAAAAACAACAAAAAAAUUACAUUUGGUUCAAAUGAAUCAUGAAUUUCCAUACACAAACCUUUGAAACUUCAGAUCUUCAGUUGGGACCCCUUGCUCUUUACUCCUGAUAAUUCUUUAAAUGAAGGUUUUUAAUGGUGGGCAUUGGAAUAACAUCACAAAUGUCAUAAUCUUGUGUUCUUAUGUUUGUCCCUAAUGUUAGCCUUCUGCCCUUGUGUUGUGUAAUUGUUUAGAUCCCCCCGCCCUGGAAACCUGAAGUUGAAAAUGAAUGGGACACCAAGUACAUCCCUGAAGAAUUCGCCCAAGAAUCCGUGCACUUCACCCCCGGUUCCCACCUGAUGACCAGCAGACUGGACCCCAUUGCGGAAGAUGGCCAGCUUCCUUACUUUGAACAGUUUUCCUACCAAGGAAGUCGUAACAGCUACGGGCAUCCCAGUUACCUCAGCACAUCGGCAGCUGCGCACGGUGCGCAUGAAAUGUUCUGAAGAAAUGAUAAAGUUAUUGUUUUCGUGUAAAAAAAACCGAAAGAAAGUUUGCCGGUGAACCUAGAAAAUUGUACAACUCCAAGCCCAAUGGUAUGUCAACGCUAAUACUGUAGGAUUUAAUACCUUUUGAGACAAUGGUAUUAAGUUUCACCAUUUAUUAAAGCAGGGCUGCUGUGUUGAGGUUUAACUAAAUGGUUUAUUAGCUGUCAUUUGAAAAUAAGCUAUCAAAAUAGUUCUUCCUAAUUUCAAGGUGUGUUUAAAAUAUUAAUGCAAAAUAGUGUCAAAAUAAGUUCUAUUUCAACUGAGCAGCCCUGAAAGAAAGAUAACUUCAGAUUUUUGGUUAAACUAAUCAUCGUGUUUCCAGAAAUGAAAUAACACUUCUUGGCAUUUCAUUUAAUGGAAUUGAAAAAAAAAUGUAAGUACCGGUAAUGUAUAAGAUUUGUUAAUUCUGAAUUCUGAUUUGAAACUAAAUUUGUGUAGAAAUGUUAUAACUUAUAGUAUUGAAGCUACCAAAAUGUCUGAUUUGUUUCCGUUUACUUCACGACAUGAUAAUUUACAACAUCACGAUAAAAUUUAUGACUAUUUAUUUCCAUUAUAAAUUAUUGCUUUGGAGUUUUAAAAUAAUCUCUUUAAAUUUUGUAUCUAAAGUUUUUCUAUCUAACAUUGUUUUCAAAACAAAAAUGUUUUUUUGCAUAACAUUGUUCUCAAAACAAAAAUGUUUUUCUAUCUAACGUUCUCAAAACUCCAUGGAAUCUUUAAAUUUCUUCUACUUCUAAUCAGCUCAAUUCCAGAUGAAAGUUUUCUUUAAAAAGCUAAAGACUUUUAAUUAAAAAAAACAAAACUGAGGAAUUUAAUUAAACAAAAAGACUUUUAUAAAAAUAGCUUGUUGUUCCGUUUCCCAAGGGCGGUGGUUUCCGAAUUGUAUUUUUUUUGUUUUUUGUCUUGGACUGGAAAAGUAAUUUUAAAAUAUACUUUGAAUAAAUAAACUAUACAUAUAAGUGCAAUUUUAUGUAACGAUAAAGUUUUUUAAAAAUUGUAUCUCGUACUUACACCCCUGUAUAGAGAUCUGAUUCACCCCAUGUUUAAUGUACCUAAGGUUAACAAGUUGGAAACAUUUAUAUGUCAUUGUUGUUGGAUACAUGCAUCUAUUACUAAAUAGGGCAAACAUUGGUGUCACCUUUCAUUGGUCAAAUUGGCUUGAGAAGCUUUCAUCAUAAAAUGAAUUUGCCCCAGUAGGAUACAUUUAAGUUACAGUUAACAGUUCCCGGUACUGUUCAGGGAUUGAAGAUUACUGGCGAUUUCAAUAACAGAAAUAUUUCAUAUAUUAUUAGCAACAAUUUCUUUUUUCAUUCAAAUUUAAAAAAAAAAAAUAUUUCUCCAAAUUGUGCGAACAAGAAUUAAAAAAGCCAAAACAAACACAAUUGAAAAGAAUGGUAUGAGUUAUGUGCUGUUGAGCUGUAUAGGAUAAUGAAGAGUGAGGUCUGUGCUUGUGAUAUAAAAGACAUGCACUACAAAGAUUUUAUCAUGACUGUAGUGUCUAACUAAAACUGUAUGAAGUGUAUAUGCUAUUUCAAAAAAUUGCUAUGUCAAGUUCAGCUAUAUCUUGGUUAAAUUUUGAUAGAACUUAUGAACUUUUCACUAAAAUAUAAAAAGUACUGAAUUAGAUUUUGUCAUUUAUGAAUGAACAUCAUACAAAAAUCUUUUCGUAUUAACCAUAAUAUGACUAUUUGUAUUCUUACAGACUUGUCCUCCUCAUUACAAAAGGGCAGUGGUUCGGAUACGUCCGUCCUAGUUACAUAGAUACCAUUACAAGUUUAUAUUUGACGGGUGUCUAGUCACCACUUCAGUCUCUCUUAGAAAUAACUUACAAAUUUUAAUUCUCAAGGAUUUAGAUCAGUGCCUGCCAUUUUUCAGUUUUGUGCCCCCUGCCUUGAGCUCUUGCAAAGUAUCACAUGUGCUGUUGUUUGGGGUUUUCCAAGGUUAACCACGAGUAAUCACUCUUGUGGAAAUCUUAGGUGGACCUUUACAGGAUCAUUAGGUCUUUGGUAAAAGGUCAUAAUGUGUUCUUGUUAUUCUCUGAUGGAUUAUUACUGUCCCCCUUAGACAAAUUUCUUUUUGAAACCACUAGUCCUUUUUGCAAUGAGGUCUUUUGUCUGCCAUUUUCAUUUCUCUUUACAUUUAAAUGCACGUUGGUCUGUCAAGCAAUAUUUUUAGCCCUUGAAUAUUUGUAGGACCCUUGCAUAUGAAAACAACCACAUUUGUAAGUGGGCUGCUUAGCUUUCCACUGAUUCGACCCACCAUUUAUUCUGUUAUGCUACUUACCUGCGAUAGUUUCCUUUUUUUUCCAUUGGUCCUAAAAUUGUACAGGAAUAUAAUGUAUUGUUUGUUUCUGUAUUCAACAACAUGGGAGGUAAGUGUUGCUAACACAUUCUUGUCAUCAUCAAGGAUGAGAUGACCAAUUUAAACCAAAAGUGACCCCUGCCCUCCUCCAAUGUAUUAAAUAAUUGAAAAUGCUCAUUGUUCAUGUUGAUGGGUCUUCUUUUCCUCUCCCAUGUUUUUAAUGUGAUGGAUCAGGAAGUAUGUUGUCAUUCUUCAUCCAUGCUAAAAGCAGAUUUAAGAAUAGUAGGGUAGUACCAGAGAUGUGCGUUUAUCUGGCCAAUUAUGGUACUUACUUAUCAAGGAAAGUAAUGCAUGCCUUCCAUUAAUAAAAAAAAUAUUUAGGUAUCAUGUUGAUUAACUUAUAUAUUUUUUCCUGGUGGGUGUUGAUGACCUAAUCCUGGUGGGUGGUGAUGACCUAAUAGGGUGACGAUGACCUGCCCUUACACCAAAAAAUGUGCACGUCUGUCUUAAGCUUAUUAAUAAUGAUGACUUGCACAGCUGCAGCUAAAAUGUACUCUUGUUGUGUUUGUGAUAUGGCUCUACUAUCGCUUUAAAUCAUACUGUGUCAUUGCCAAUGUACAUAUGUACACUAUAUAAUUAAUGGAUACUUAUGGUGAUGCUAUGUGCCUCAUACAUGUAUUGUUUUGGUGUUCUUCAGUUGUUAUAUCGUUAAUAUUAAAGCUGUUACUAUAUAACCACAAAUAUUUUGGCAAAGAUCUGCUUUGUUUAAAUUAUAUAUGAUCUAUCUGCUGGACUAAAUCUCAUUAGAUAAGAACAGGUAGACUAAUAAAAGUGUGAACUAGAGAGCAUGUUUCACUCUCAGUAAGUUACAGUAAUAAAAGUGUGAACCAGAGAGCAUGCUUCACUCUCAGUAAGUUACAGUAAUAAAAGUGUGAACCAGAGAGCAUGUUUCACUCUCAGUAAGUUACAGUAAUAAAAGUGUGAACCAGAGAGCAUGUUUCACUCUCAAUAAGUUACAGUAAUAACAGUGUGAAUUAGAGAGCAUGUUUCACUCUGUCAGUGAAUUAGGACAAUUUAAACUGCAACCCCAGUUUUGUGGAGUUGGAUUCUCUAACUUUUCCCCCCAACUGCCUACAUUAAUGUAGAAAGUAAGUAAUUUAUUUUCUGUUUUCGAUAAGACCCUGUGCUGUACCAGAGCUUCCUAUCCAGUGUAAUACUAAAAAUAGUUGGCAGUUGAAGACAAGAUCUACUCAUUCUUUCGGUGUCCAAAGUCUGGAAAAACAAAUAAGUCAUUUCCUAAACCCACCGAAAUUUGCUUGUGAUUGCUUUAUAAAUAAAUAUUAAUAGCUCUGUGAACUAUUAAUUAAAUGCAUACUUGUAAUUGUAAAUAAUCCUUUAUGAAAAGAUAAAUUGCCUUGUUUAUUUCUUGCACUGGACAUUAUAAUGAUAAACAUAGUGGUGGACAGGGGACAUAUGACACCGACACAUGGAAACAACCACAUUAGAUGAAUUUUGAAUGAUCUUUUUUACUGUAAUCAGGCUAUAAAUUCCCUAGCUUUUUUUAUUUAUGAUGUUUAUUUAGAUUUCAUUUAGACCAGGGGUUCUAAACUUUUUUGCUGUUCCACAUUCUUUUUGAUUUCAAAACAUUUACUGCACCCCAUCUUGAUUUCAAAAAACAUUACCUGUAAUAAAUAAACACUAAGAAAAUGCAAAUAAACCUGAACUUUCAGGGUCUUCUCAGACCCUCAACACUGCAACCCCCAUAAACAAAACAAAAAAAGAUUUAAUAGUUAUUAAUAGCUAAAAUAAAAUAUAAAUCUUUUUAUAGAUUUGUUGAAUAUUUCUUUUAUCCCCAUUUUACUUUUACAUGUUUGCUUUUGAUGUUAAAAAAAAUAAUUACUUCACAAAUAAUUUGUACCGUACAUGGCUGAUUGAAGUUUGCUGCUGAGGUAGAUAGGAAUAAAACAUGGUCUUAUGGAAAUGAUUAUCAGCAGUACCGUACUACUUCUACAGCUGAUCCAACUAAUUUAAAGUGUUGGGCUCAGUUCACACGAUCAAAUUCUUUUCAAAUUUUCGUUCAUACAUUUGAAUUUGAUGUGAUUUUUGUAUGAAGUGUCCUAUUUAUUUUGAUACUUAAGUGUCCUAGCAUUUUGCUUCUACUUCAAAUGAUACACAAAUUAUUUUUUUAUUUGUGUAUCCAUGCACGAAUAUUGUUUUUGGCCAAAUCGUUGAAUUUUUGUACCAAUAAUUUAAUAAAUAAUGAUCAAUAAGUUAUCUAGAAAUAUUUACAUUAUGUUGUCAAAAGCAUGAUUUAAAAGAGAGAUUCAUUCACCUUAUAUGGUGGGCAUGUUAAAAAGAUUCACCUAAUGUGGUGGCUGGGGUGCUGUGACCAAGUUGCUGGUUGAGAAGAGUGAAUCUGAAUCACCUAAUGUGGUGGCUGAAGUGCUUUGGGUGGUUGAGAAAAGUGAUUCACCUUAUGUGGUGGCUGAAGUGCUGUGGCUGGUUGAGAAGAGUGAUUCACCUUAUGUGGUGGCUGAAGUGCUUUGGGUGGUUGAGAAAAGUGAUCACCUAAUGUGGUGGCUGAAGUGCUGUGGCUGGUUGAGAAGAGUGAUUCACCUUAUGUGGUGGCUGAAGUGCUGUGGUAGGUUGAGAAGAGUGAUUCACCUAAUGUGGUGGCUGAAGUGCUGUGGUAGGUUGAGAAGAGUGAUUCACCUAAUGUGGUGGCUGAAGUGCUGUGGCUGGUUGAGAAGAGUGAUUCACCUAAUGUAGUGGCUGAAGUGCUGUGGUAGGUUGAGAAGAGUGAUUCACCUAAUGUGGUGGCUGAAGUGCUGUGGUAGGUUGAGAAGAGUGAUUCACCUAAUGUGGUGGCUGAAGUGCUGUGGCUGGUUGAGAAGAGUGAUUCACCUAAUGUAGUGGCUGAAGUGCUGUGGUAGGUUGAGAAGAGUGAUUCACCUAAUGUGGUGGCUGAAGUGCUGUGGUAGGUUGAGAAAGGUGAUUCACCUUAUGUGAUGGCUGAAGUAAUGUGGCUGGUUGAGAAAAGUGAUUCACCUAAUGUGGUGGCUGAAGAGCUGUGGCUGGUUGAGACUUGAUUUUAUGUAAUACUUAGUAAUAUUACUAAUACUAAUACCGGGUAGCGCAAAAAUAAGUUUCCAUAGGUUUAAACAUUCCCCUGCUCCCAAAGAAAAAAUAAUUGGUAUAUUUAUAACAUUACUUUUACCUCAGCAGAAAAUAUCAAAAUCAGCCUUGCUACUUAUAGUUACAUAUGGUAUAUAAAAAAAAAAUGCUUAGCAAAAAUAUAUUAUACUUAUACAUUUUAUACAGGUGUUUGAAAAUGAGAGAAUAAUUCUUUAUUAUACUUAUAACUAAAUUAACUUUCAAGAUUAAAAAACAAUGUGAUUUAAAUUUUUAAAAAAAUCCAGAUACUUAAAUACCAGGUACUUCUGAUAAAAAAAAGCAACUAAAUUGAGCCCUUUGGGCUGCACUUAAUGCAGGGUUUAUCUUAUUUGCCAGUUUUAUGACAUUUAUUCACUACCGUAAUCUACUAAUAAUGCAGUUGAUGUAUUACAAAUAAAGCAACAAAGAGGUAGACAGUUAAGACUAAGACAGACAAGGAAGGCUGUGGUCCAAUCAUUGAAUAUGUUUAUGCUAUCAGUUUGUUAUCUAUGUAAAAUUGAUGUCAAGUUUUUCUUACACUUACAUGCUUUUAUUUCAAUUAUUUAAUUUUAAGUCUUAUGAAGACUGCACUUUUUAAGUCAAGACAAACUGUACAGGUAUUAAUAAAAACAAUGAUUUGAAACAAUUAAAAUUAAUCACUUGCACAAUUUGUGCUUUGUGGUAGUUUGUGUACCGCUGAUGUGUUGAUUGUACUGGUACUAGUUUAAUUGCAGGUUUGUCUGCAG